UCCACCGCGAAGAACCGUUCGCCCUCUUGCUAUUCACGAUGGUGACCAAAUUCUGCAGCGAGCAUUCUCCACAUUUCCCCAUGAAGAAGGUCCUGCUUUUACUCUGGAAGGUCCUCGUGUUCACCCUGGGCGGCUUCGAUACUCUCCAAGCAAUGAAGGUGAAGAAGCGGCAGGAUCUGGGGCUGCCCCCCUUGCCAGAAGACAGCAUCCUGGUCAUGCGCAACAUGCGGGCGGCCUCCCCUCCAGCCUACACCGCCGAGUUGGGGGAACAGCCGCAGCCGCCGGCGCAGAAACGGGGACACCGGAGUCGAAGGCCUCUGAUGAAGCAGGACAGUCUAGAUAUUUACAACGAGAGGGACCCCUUCAAGAACGAGGAGGCCGUGGUGGAUGAAGAGGAGGCCGAUGACCUUGAGAGUGAGCUGGACCUCUUGGAAAGGACUACCGUCGUCCAAGCCGAGCCAAUUCCAUGCCCGCCUGUGGAGAAAGUCUCCUUCCCAAAGGGCCUUCCAUGGGCUCCCAAAGUCAGACAGAAAGACAUAGAACAUUUUCUGGAGACGAGCAGGAACAAAUUCAUUGGAUUCACACUUGGGCAGGACACAGAAACCUUGGUGGGCUUACCGUGCCCGAUCCAUGAAAGUGUGAAGACUUUGAAAGAGCACAAAUAUAUCUCGGUCGCCGAAGUGCAGAUCAAGAAUGAGAAAGAAAUGGAAAAGUGUCCCAUCUCUUUGGGGGAGGAGGAAGUGCAGGAGACCCCGUGUGAGAUCCUUUAUCGGGCCAUGCUGUACAACCUGCCCCAAUACAUGAUAGCUCUGCUGAAGAUCCUGCUGGCUGCGGCCCCAACUUCAAAAGCCAAGACCGACUCGAUCAACAUCCUGGCAGACGUGUUGCCGGAAGAAAUGCCGGUGACCGUCCUGCAGAGCAUGAAGCUGGGGAUCGAUGUGAACCGGCACAAAGAAAUUAUCGUCAAGAGCAUUUCUGCUUUAUUGCUGCUGCUCCUGAAACAUUUUAAACUGAACCACGUUUAUCAGUUUGAGUAUGUCGCCCAGCAUCUGGUCUUCGCCAACUGCAUCCCGUUGAUCCUGAAGUUCUUCAACCAGAAUAUCCUGUCCUACAUCACCGCCAAAAACAGUGUUUCUGCCUUGGAUUAUCCCGCCAGCACCAUCCAUGAGUUGCCGGAACUCAACGCUGAAAGUCUCGAGACGGGAGACAACAGCCAGUUUUGCUGGAGGAAUCUCUUCUCUUGCAUCAACCUUCUGAGGAUACUUAACAAACUGACCAAGUGGAAACAUUCAAGGACAAUGAUGCUGGUUGUCUUCAAGUCCGCUCCAAUCCUGAAACGGGCCCUGAAGGUGAAACAAGCCAUGAUGCAGCUCUAUGUUCUGAAGCUGCUGAAGAUCCAGACCAAGUAUCUCGGACGCCAAUGGAGGAAAAGCAACAUGAAAACCAUGUCGGCCAUCUACCAGAAGGUCCGUCACCGCAUGAAUGACGACUGGGCGUACGGCAACGAUAUCGAUGCUCGUCCUUGGGACUUCCAAGCCGAAGAAUGCAGUUUACGAGCCCACAUCGAGUCCUUCAAUAGCCGGAGGUACGACAAGAUCCAGGACGCUGAAUUUUCUCCGGUCGACAACUGCCUCCAGAGCGUGCUGGGACAACAAUUAGAACUCCCCGAAGAUUUCCGCUACUCGUAUGAACUCUGGCUAGAGAGGGAAGUAUUUUCCCAGCCCAUUCACUGGGAAGAACUGCUGUGCUACCAGUGAUGGGGAACGGCAUUCGAACUCGGUGCUUCAGCCGACAAGUGCCAUCUGUGGGGGGGAAAAGAGGAAGGCGUUUCCUUUGGUCUGUGGAUGUCUUUACGCAGGGAAUUAACUGCUAGAGGUUGUGAAAAACAAUUCCCUGACCUUUUUGAGAGUCUCCUCUUUUCCCCUCAACGUUAUGGGCCUGUAAUCAAAGAUAAAUUUAUUAUUAUUAUUCCCAUCGUUUUCCCUGAUCCAGGUUACAAGAUAUAUAUUUAAAGAUCUUCUAAUGGUGGCU